CAGCAACCUGUGUAUCUUAUCAACGUGAGGCGGGCGCUUCCAUGAUGAUGCGCAAUCGUGUGAGCGAAAGGUCUCUUUCAAACGCAUGUUCUUCUUUAUGCGCUGGCAUAGUCAGGAAGUUCAGAUGCACUUGAAUCUGUAUUGGCUAACGGAUGAUGCGCGUGCGGGAAAUGUAGUUUCUAGCGCCGCUGCCGCUUGGAGUGGAUGAUUGUAAGCAAUACGUCAAUGAGGGACAGAUCGUAGAUGAGGAGAAAGAGCCCUGAAUGUUGGAGAAGAAGGGAGGCUGAUGGGGAAGUCAAGUGCAGCACCCUUGGAUUAUGCUGCCUUGAUGAGGGACAUCAGGGCCCAGGGCUUGAAGCACGCCUUGGAGAAGCAGCCUGCUAGAAAUGGGGGUAUGGUCGCGAAAACUCUGCCAGCGACCUAUGGCCAGAUGCAUGAGGGGAAGGGACUCAAGAAGGUUGUCACGAGCAGGGGGGCCGAUGACGACACCGAUGAGCCCCAGCAGCCCCGCUCAGCUCCCCACCCCUUCAAGCGGGAGUCCUCCCCGGAUGAUGCAGAGUUGUUUGCAAGACUCGCGGCUAGCGGGGUGCUCACAUCACCCCCCCGACACAGAGUCCCCUCCCCCUCAAAAAACAUGACCCCUCGGCAGCCCCUGAAGGAAGCAGAUCAGCGAGGCGCAAUGCAGGGGUCUAGUGGAAGAUCCAAUGGGGGUGGGAUUGUAGAAGAAGACGAAUCGCAAGCCAGGGGGGGUUUCGCGGCUGCUCGGAUGCCCCCCCCUUCCAAACCGCCGAGGUUGCCGAGCGGGAGUAGCUCGCGCCAGGGGCAGAGCCCCCAGAAAAGGAUUGGAGACGGCAAUGCCGUUGCUGGGGAAGAAGGAGGCAUUUUAGAGAAGGAGAACAGUAAGCGCGCGAGGCUAGAGGCGCCAGCGUCGAAAGCAGCCAAACCGUUGUUCCAGCAGAAUCAGACCGGGGGGAUGGCCAAGCCGCCGAGCGGGGGAGAAGGUGGGGACAGUUCCAGGGGGGGACCAAGGCUCAGGGCGGAAGGCCUGAUGGCGCCCCCUGCUGCGGAUGCCGCUACGCUGAGGCGCCAGGUGGCAGCGUUGCAAGUCGAGUUGGAAGCGCACAUUGAAGGGGAGGGGAAGCUGCAGUCGCUCAACACCCAGCUUCGAGAAAGACUGGCGGCCUACCAGUCCCAGAACCGUGAGAGCACGGCCCUUGCGAACGAGGAACUCGCCACCCUCCAAAAAGACCUCGACCGGACCCUUGAAGAGCACACCAAGCUCGCGGAAAAGGCGGGGAGUCUUGAACGGGAAAAGCACUACAUCGAGGCGGCGUUGCAGAAGCGGGUUGCAGAGUUUGAGGCGGAACGCACGGUGCUCCGUGCACGCAUUGAGGACAUGAGCGAGGAUGUCAGGGUCAAGGCGGAGGCGACCGCGCAGGCGGAGCUUUUAAAGGUUGAGUUGGACAGCGUGUUGGCGGUUCGUGACAACCUGGAGAACGAGGUGGAGCGGCUCGCGGCCGAGUCUCAGUACGUGAAGCAGAAAGCCGAGGAGUACAGCACGGAAUUGCGGGCUCUACUGGAAAAGGAGCAACACGAGGAGUUGCUGCACCGGCGAUGGCGAGCCGCGCUCCAGCGGCGCAUGUUCGCGCACUUCCGCUCCGCCGUUGCCACUCAAAAACGGCGCCAGCGGCACAAGCGUGCCGCCGCGUACUUCGCCGCCCGCCGCACCCUCGGCGUUGGUUUCCGGUCCUGGGUUCUCGCAACCAAACGCUCUCGAAAAAUGAACUCGAUCCUGAGUCGGCGGCGGAGCGCUUACCUGCGCGAAGUCUUCCGGCUCUGGCGGCUCGAGGUUUCGGUCGGCGCCCGGCAACGCUCCAUUCUGGCCGCCCAGAGGCGCGAGAUAUUGACGCGCGGAGUUGCCACGUGGCGGGCGCGGGUCGCGGCCGCGCGUGCCGCGCGCGCGAGAGGGGUCACCGCCGAGCGGUUCCAAAUGAGCCGAGUCUGCCGGCGGGUGCUCCGGGCGUGGCGGCGGGAGGUGGGAAAAGGCCGGCUGAGUCUCCAAGAGGAAGAAGCACUCGGGCUGGGGGCCGAUUUACACUACGAGACGGCGGUACGAAGGAGAGCGCUUUGGGCGUGGGUGGACUGGGUGGAUGACGUGGCAAGGCCACGUGCGGCAAGAAUAUCUCGAGCGAACGCGCAGAACCGGCGGUCGCUUCUGCGGCGUGCGUUUAGGGCUUGGGAAGACGGGGUGGAUGCGAAGGUCUUGAAAUCGGAGCGGAAAGCGACCGCGGUUAAGAUGGCUAACCGGAGCUUAACCCAGCGCGGGUUUGAGGCGUGGUUCGAGUACCGGCAGCACAAGGUGGAGACACGUGGCAGGCAGGCGUUGGCCGAGCGGUGCUUCUUGGACCACCAAUUCCGCCGGUGGCACGAUGCUCUGUUGGAGAUUCGAGCGGAAAGAGAAGCCCGGAAGAAAGGGAACCGCUUACGAGCGGUGGUCCUGACCAGGGUCUGCAUGAAAGCGUGGGUUAACGUUGUGGCGCGCAAGAAGCGCGCGCGCGCUGCCAACACGCGCGCGUUCGCGCACUAUCUGAGCGCGCUUCGGGCGGCGGCGUGGGCGGCCUGGCGCCAGGGUUUGGAGGUUUCGCGCGCCGAGAAGCGCGCGGUCCGGGACGGGCAGCGCGCGCUGCUGCGUUCGUUCCUGGCCCGCUGGAAAGACUACCACCGGCAGUGCUUGGUCAAGAGCGUUUUGGAAAAGCGCGCGAGCGCGCAUGCGCGGCGACGGGAAAAACGAGCGUUGCGUUGCGCGCUGGAGGAAUGGUGGGAGGUUUGUGUUGUGAAGCGGCAGAGGCGGAGAGUGGAGCAGCUUCUGAGGGAGAGGAGAGAACGGGGCAUCGCGCGGCGGUUCUUUGUGGCGUGGCGCAUGUCCGUGUACGAGGGGCUGCGGGACGUGCAUCUGACGGUGCACAACGAGUACGUGGAGAGCCAGGCCAAGUGCGAGGAGCAGGCCGCUCGCAUCUCCGCCGUCGAUUUGGAGAACUUGCAGCUCAUCGACCGCCUGCACGCGCUCUCGACGGAGUUCGCGCAGCUGCAGAGCGUUAUUAAGGAGCAGCGUGACAAGAACGAGGACCUCCAGCGGUCCCUGGAAGACGGCGCGGUCCUGGAGAGCAGCCUGCGCGCCGACGCGGACCACGCGCGCUCGCGUGCCCGCGCGCUCCAGGAUGAGAUCGCGGCCCUGCAGCGCGCGCUUGCGGGGCGCAACGAGGAAGACACGGCGGCGGAGGUGCGGCACCAGCUGGAGGUUCAGGGUUUAAGCAAAGAACUGGAGGGGCUGAGAAGCGAAGUGGAAGAGAAAGGGGCGCAGCUCGAAGCGUGCGAACAGGCGCUUCAAGAGGCGUCCGAACGGCUAGACGCGGCCGCGGCGAAUUCUCAAGAGAAGCUGACGAAUGCGCUCGAGAUCGCGGCCUCGCUGCGGCAAAUGCUGGACGAGAAGGACCGCCACGUGGCGGCCCUGGAAGCCGAGCGGCAGGCGGGCGAACUAGACCUGGGAGAAAUGCAGCGGAAGGUGGCGGCGGCCAAUCAGACGCUGCGCGACGCGGUGGAUGCGCGCGAAAUCAGGAUACGCGAGCUGGAGGCGCAGGCGCGGCAGUAUCAGCAGGAGGCCCAGAAGCACCAGAUUGAGACCCAGGAGCUGCGCAUCGCCGUCGAGCGUCGCAGCGCGCAGGUGCGCAAGCUCGAGUACGAGGUGCGCCUGCUGCGCGAGCGCGAGCAGUCCAAGGCGGACGCCUUCAUCAGCGCGCUGCACGCGCGCGCGCGCUCGCCUCCCCCUGCGCGCGCGCGCGAGUCUGUUCACCGCUCGCCGGAACCCUCGCAGCACGCGCCCGACGCCCAAGCGGCGCCCACGACGGCAAACGGGUUUGUGGGGUUCGCUGCGGAGCAGAAUGGACGCCCCGGAAACGGAAUUGCUUUUACGGGAAUGCCGGGAAGCGCGCGGCAAGCGGGCUCGACUGUUGGCGAGACCGACGAAAGAGGGGCGAGAGCACGGUCCCCGAAUCAUUCCCCUGAGCGGGGCCCGGUACAGAGUUCCGGGCCGCCGUUUGUCACCCCCGAGAAGAGAACUGUUCAUGCGUCGUAUCCGAUUGCCUCGGGGCCAAGGCAACCGGGCGCGGCGGGUGGGGUUGCGUCUCCCACUCCAGAGAAGCGUCAGGUGCCGGCGGUCAGUGCGCAAGCCGGUGCAUAUAGAUCUCCCGCGUUUGUGAGGAGAGCGUCUCCAGAGAGGGAUCCCUCCCGGGACCGGGGGCUUUCGUCCCAGCGGCCCAUUCACACCGGCCAGCCGACAGAGCAGCGCGCCACGUCUCCCGAGCUCCGCGUCCGAAGUGCGCUGUCAGACGGAGAGCCGGACACCAGUCCAGUUCACAGGAAUUGGGCGACUGCGAGGCAGGAAAACGGCGCUUCCCGGUCGCCGGAACCGCGGACUCGCCAGGCGCUGGCGUCCGGUGCACAGCAUGCCGGCUUUGCACAGUGGACGCCGCAAGCAGCCCGGAGGGAAAUCUCCCCCAAACGAACUUUCACGCAGCCAAUUCUGAGGAGAAGUCAAGAAGCUGAAGGAAGGUCGAAAGAUGGUAUUGCGCAGUUUUUCAAGGGGCCUGCUUCCGAGGUCGGGUUAGAAGCGGGAUUGGGAGGGGAGAGAAGGGGUUCUGGAAGUCAUUCGGACAGUGACGACAGCGCAAAGGAUUUGCACGCCGAGAUACAGAAGUUGCAGGCGCGAAUCAUGGACCGGUUGAAAGAAAGCCCGGAGCGGAGUGAGCCCAUCGGUUCGUCGGAUGAUAUUUAUCGUUGACUCUAGAAACGUAUGAUUGGCAAUAUAGGUAUCUUAAACUUACGAGGUGACAUGGCCACUGCGUCAAAGCUUGCUGACAUGUUGAAGUCUGCUACUCAGGUUUACCAAUUGACCCUUGCACAGUAGUCUCUCUUCUAAAGCUGCUAGCUUCUGCAGACCGCUACGAUGUUCGAAGCAGGAUGGUUUUUGUAAUGAAAGUGAAAGCCACGCAUGCUUGCGG